AUGCGAUCCACCAGUAGCAACGGUUGCUCUCUCCUUUACCUCUCUGAAGGCGCAGUAAAACUCGUUGAUGGAAGAAACAGAUGUGAAGGACGGCUUGAAGUAUUUCACAAUGGAAGAUGGGGCACAGUCUGUGAUGAUCUGUGGGGCAUGAAUCAUGCACGUGUUGUGUGCCGGCAGCUCGGCUGUGGAGAUGCUCUUUUAGCACCAGGAAAUGCUCAAUUUGGUCCGGGCUCAGGUGAUAUUUUUCUGGAUGAUGUAUCCUGCACUGGGAACGAAGGUUACUUGAGCCAGUGCGCCCAUAGAGGAUGGGGGAUACACAACUGCAUCCACAGAGAAGAUGCUGGUGUUAUCUGCGCAGAAAAACCCCAGAAUAUUCCUUCAACAGCUGUCUCAGAAGGCUCUGUGAAACUUGUUGGUGGAAGAAACAGAUGUGAAGGACGGCUUGAAGUAUUUCACAAUGGAAGAUGGGGCACAGUCUGUGAUGAUCUGUGGGGCAUGAAUCAUGCACGUGUUGUGUGCCGGCAGCUCGGCUGUGGAGAUGCUCUUUCAGCACCAGGAAAUGCUCAAUUUGGUCCGGGCUCAGGUGGUAUUUUCCUGGAUGAUGUAUCCUGCACUGGGAACGAAGGUUACUUGAGCCAGUGCGCCCAUAGAGGAUGGGGGAUACACAACUGCAUCCACAGAGAAGAUGCUGGUGUUAUCUGCUCAGCUCCUGCAAUUGAUACAAACACAGAUCCCGUUACACUUUCGUGUUUGAAGGACCACAUGAAGACAGUUAUUGCAAAAGAAUAUCUCACUUCAAAGGGCUGCUCCGAAUGUAGACUGUACAUGACUGAUCCUGCCUGUAAACCAGUAGUUACAAGCAGUCAUUAUAUAUUUCAUAUACCAUAUGAUGGCUGUGGAACAAGACAGCAGAAUGCUGCAGACACCAUCAGUUUCUUCAAUACUGUCAAGAGCUCUGGGAUUGGCGUAAAGCCUCAGUUUCAUUUCACUUGCAAAAUGGAGUGCAGGACAAGGAAGGAAGUGAUGUACAAUGUGGAUGAGUCUGAUGAGCUCACAAAUGGAGGCCCACCGCAAGAUAAACAUGUCCAUAUGAAAUUUGUAUUUUAUGACUCGCCUUCCUUGUUGCGCCCAGUGAAUAAUUUGCCCUACUUUGUGAAUGUGAAUAUGGACAACAAGUUACUUCUCCAAGCCAAUCUCUAUAGUUUAAACCCGGAACUGAUGUUAUUCACAGACACAUGUAUUGUUUCUCCUAACAGUUAUAACUCCAGAACUGAGAGCUAUGCCAUCAUACAUAAGGGAUGUGUAAAAGAUGCUACCUACAUCGGUUAUUUUUCCAGGAAGAGAAGGAGCAUCCACAUCACAUUUAAACCCUUCCAGUCUCUUAGCAAAUAUUCCAAUGUUUAUGUACAGUGCAAAAUAGUGGUGUGCAAUGCAGCCGACCCUGCGGCUCGAUGCUAUAAAGGCUGUCUACCUCGGAGCAAGAGGGAAGCAUCCUCUGGACAAGAACAUGUGCAAGUCCUUGGGUCUUUUCAGCUCCAUUGCAUCAAAAUGAGGGCAUUCAGAGAAUGUCUUUUCCUGGCACUUUUCUUUGGUUUGACUCUCUCUGAAAAUGGCCUGGUAGAAUUCCAAGGUGAUAUAAAAUGUGGAACAAAACUGAAGACUGACUAUAAAGCUCUGCCAAUUACUCUUGAUGCAAAUGCAAAUUGCAUCUGGCAAGUACAGAGAGAGCUGAAUGCAACUGAGAAUAAAGGAAACCAAACGAUCCGGCUAAUCUUUUCUUAUUUCCAAUUUAAUCCUUCAUCUACAUGUAACAGAGAAAAUAUUGAAGUAUAUGAUGGCCCUUCAACAAACGCAAGUCUCCUGGGGCGAGUUUGCAAUAACCACAACUCCGUUCCAGUAUUUCAGUCAUCCUUCGGAAGCAUAACUUUUCGCAUAUCAACCGACUCAACAGCUUUCACAAGAAGCAUCUUUGCUUUUUAUUACUUCAUUACCCCACAGUUAGCCAACAUUAAGAACUGUGGGGGCUUCCUUACUGGACCAGAUGGAGUAUUCACCAGCCCCAACUACCCCCAGUCACACCCAGAAUUUGCCUACUGUGUCUGGCACAUACAAACAGAAGCAAAUUCCAAGAUAAAUUUAACUUUUAAUGAAAUUUUUCUAGAAAUAGAUCAGGAUUGUAGAUUUGAUUUUCUGGCCAUCUAUGAUGGUGCAACGACAGACUCCGGCUUAAUCAAAAAAGUGUGUGGUCGCACGGCCCCAAUGUUCCAGUCUUCUUCCAACGUUAUGACUGUUGUGUUGUCUACGGAUUAUGCCAAUUCAUACAGGGGCUUUUCCGCUCGCUACACAAGUAUACCAAUACCAGUAGGAGAACCCAACACAUCCCUAAGUUGUUCUUCAGACAUGAUGACAGUUACUAUCAGAAAGGCUUUCAUGGAUUCAUUUGGCUAUAAUGAAAACGACUGGUCGCUCAUCGACCCUUCCUGCAGACCUAUUGCGUUAAACCCACUGGUAUUUCAUUUCCCACUCAAGAGUUGUGGAACAAUUAAAAAGAGUGAAAAUAACACCAUCUCUUACAUUAAUGCUGUCACUGCAUCCUCAAAAGGAGCUGUGAUCACCCGUAAAAAAGAUAUUGAAAUUGUCGUGAAAUGUAUAAUGGAAAACAAUUCAACUGCAGAAGUCAUGUACAUAACAGAAAGAGACAUUGUGCAAAACACAAGUUCUACUGGUAGAUACAACCUAAGCAUGUCAUUUUACGAAUCCAGUUCUUUCUCCAAACCGAUAGUGAAUUAUCCAUACUAUGUAGAUUUAAACCAGACUCUCUAUGUGCAAGUCAGCCUACAUUCCACUGAUGCCAAUCUGUUGGUGUUUGUGGAUACUUGCACAGCAUCACCACACUCCGAUCUGGGAUCACCAAAAUACGAGUUAGUCAGACAUGGAUGUGCGAAAGAUGAUACUUACGGGGCCUAUCCAGUCCUUGAACAUUAUGGGAGGUUCAGGUUCAGUUCCUUCAGAUUCCUGCAGAAUGACCCAUCUGUUUACCUCCGCUGUGAGGUUUUGAUUUGUGAUAGCACCAAUACCGGCACACGCUGCACCCAAGGCUGCGUCUCUCGGAAAAAGAGAGAGAUUUCAUCCUACAAAUGGAAAGGAGAUGCUAUAGUUGGACCUAUCCGCCUAAAGAGAGACCACAGUUCUACAGGUCGCUCAGACUCUUCCGUUCAAGUUUAUCCUGAAGAAAGCCAGAACACACAAUCCAACAACCUGUACCUUCUUACAUUCGCUGUGUUGGCCAUGAAUGUUGUCCUUCUGGCAGGCCUGGUCGCAAAACAUUUCAUCAGUCAAAAAGCAGGAUACAGAUACCAGAAACUGCAGAGCUCUUAA